AUGACCAAACUUCCUCGUCUUACAACUGUGUUUUUCAUCCUCCUGAAUGGCACACAGUUCAUCACUGGGCCAUGUUCAAAUGAAACCGACUGCGCCUCGGCAUGCUGUGGUUUUCGAUGCGGCAAAUGUUCUGGCCCAAUUGUUGCCCAAGAACGAGAUGGCGGGUGCGGCUUUGGAGAUGCAACACCAAAUGAUCGAGCUGCCCAACUACUUCGAGGCGGAAGCCCGCAAGGAGGAGCGGUUCCUGCGUCAACCAUGAUUACCCAACUGGCUCCAAAUGGAACUGAUGAUGUCGCUGCCGCCGCAACUCCAGCCGUUGUCACAACCCCAGCCUUUGUCGCAACUCCAGCCGUUGUCGCAACUCCAGCCGUUCUCGAAACCCCAGCCGUUGUCGAAACCCCAGCCGCCGGUGUAGAGAACGGACCGGGGAAGCAAUUCAUCACCGGACCUUGCACAAGCGACGCAGAUUGUGCUUCCAGAUGCUGCGGAUUCGACACUGGCAAAUGUGCACGGCCUAUCGUUGCCCAAGAGAGAGAUGGGGGGUUGUGGCUUUCGCAAUGCAACCCCAAAUGA